UUACCAUUUUGAUUUGAGUUCGAUUUUUUUUUUUUACUUUAUUUUUUUUCACACAAUUUGAUUCCGAUAGAUUAUUACUAUUUCACCGUUGUCAUCAUCAUCAACAACAACAACAACGUAAACAAAAAUAAUUUUGUGCUUUUAAUUUUUUCAACUUUUAAAAGUUUUAAUUAGUGUUCCCGAUUGACGUGUGUGUGUGUGUGUGUCCAUCAUUAUAUUCUAAUCAAUUUGAUUUGAUUAUUACGAUUUUAUUUUGCUUAAUUUUACGAUUUAAAAAACAACAACACGAUGGCUGAUUGUUUAGUAUCGAAUCAAUUUUCUUCAAGCCAAAAUCGUUUCGGUAGUGGUACUAAUGGCGGUAAUAGUUCGGCCAACAAUGAUGAAAAUAGAAAACUUUUUCUCGGUGGACUCAGCUGGGAAACUGAAGAAAAGGAUCUUUUCGAUUAUUUUAAUCAAUUUGGACAAGUGGAUAAAGUAACAAUAAAAUACAAUUCAAGUACGGGACGAUCACGUGGUUUUGGUUUUGUUACAUUUAUCAACGAUGAAACUGUUGAUGCUGUAUUGAAAACUGGACCACAUGUUAUAAAGAAUCGUACGGUUGAUCCAAAACGACCGAAAGGAAAGAAUGGUUUGAAGAAAAUUUUUGUCGGUGGUAUCGAUGGCGAUAUGUCGAAUGAUGAGAUUCGUACCUACUUUGAACAAUUUGGAGCAAUUGAAAACAUUGAACGACCAUUUGAUCGUCAACGUAAUCGAAGUCGAGAAUUUUGUUUCGUCAUUUUCGAAAGCUGUGAAGCAGCUGAAUCGGCCAUUUCAGUUCCGAAACAAGUAAUUGGUGGUAAAGAAUGUGACAUUAAAAUCGCUCAUCAAAAUCGUAACCAAAAUUCACAUCAAAACGGAAUGGGCGGUAUGGGUAGUUCUGGUGGCAUGAUGAAUCGUCGUGGUGGUGGUGGUGGUGGUAGUGGCAGCAGCGGUAAUGGUCUUGGAAAUGGUGGUGGACCAGGAAAUCAAUUUUUCAAGAAUCAUAAUCAAAGCAUUAAUUCAAAUUGGCGUAAUUCAGAUCAUCAGAAUGGAAAUUUUCGUGGCAACAAUGAUGAUUAUUCUGAUACACAUUUUCUUACCAACAUUGAUACUAUGCCGAAUAAUAAUUAUUCAAACUAUAAACCGUAUAAUAAUUCAAAUUUUUAUCCAUAUUGGCAUUAAAUGAUGCAUGAAUGUUACGGUCGAUGUUGCCAAUCAUAUAUAUCACAUCGAUAAAAAAAACUUAUCAUCUCGAAAAAACGAAUGCGCCAAAUCAAUUUAUUUACUUAGAAUGAUGAUUAAAUUAAUAACGACGAAUAAUCACGUGAACAUUCAUCAUAUAUAAUUUUCUUCAAUUUUUCACUUCAAAUUACACUUUUCUUUAUAAUUUCUUCGUUUUUUUGCUUUUGCUUCAAAAAAAAAUAUUUAUAUAUCUUAUAUAUAUCUUAUAUGCAGAACAUUUGUAACCGGAAACACGUGAUUUUUGAAUCCUACACACACACACACACACAUACCUACGAAUUCUUGCGCACUUACAAUUAUUCUUUCAUCAUAUAUAAAACAUUGAUUUAACAAUGUUUUUUUUUCUCAAAAAACAGAUUCAACUAUACUAAUCCUUUCAUAUUAUAUGACACAAUGAAAAUUUGACAUCAUUAAUUAUAUAUUCAAUCAAUUCUUUCAAUAAUAAUCACCCAGCAAAAAGAUUAUCCAUCAUUGUCAUCAUCAUCAUCAUCAUCAUCUCCACCACCAAUCCGCUUCCAUCAAAUUAUCAUUAAUCUGUUAUUACAAAUCAUAAUUGACACGAUAUAAGAUAAAUCCGGUGUUGCUUGUUGUUGUUGUUUGUUUGUUGUUUGUUGUUUGUAUUAUCCUCUAUACACUACAUACAACAGAAUGAAUAUUUGGAUUUUGACUAUGCCAACAAUAUCAUCAUUUUUUUCUUUUAUUUUUCGAAUGAUAAUACACUAUAUAUUGAUGUGUAACAAUCCGCUUUUUAACAUAAAAACCGUUUCGAAUGUAAAAGAUCUCAAAGAUUUUUCUUUUUCGUAUCAACUAUUUUUUUUUCACACACACACACACACUUCCGAUUGAUUCUUUUCUUUUUUUUCUAUUAGCUGCUCUUUUUCUGUUCCAUCUGACCUCAAUAAUUGUUGUCGCUCGUCGUAUGCGUCAUUUUUUUUGAAAUUCUACAUCGCAAAAAUAAAACCUAACAGAACUCUAUUAAUAAUCUCAUAUUUUUUUUCAUCAUGAUUCUCAAAUUUCAUACGGACAAAAAAUUAUUCUUUUCUUUUUUUUUCAUUGUUCCCAAAGAUUAUCCCCAUUAUUACUUAAAUUUAUAUGCAAACAAACACACACACUUACACACAGACAAAUCGAUGAUUGCAACAGCAUCAAAUCUUUUUCCUGGAAUCUAAUUAUAAUGAAAAAAAAACAAUAAUAAUAAUAAUAAUAGCAGAACUAAAUCCGAACCAAUCUUUCA